UGUCUCAAACCAUAGGAAGGCGUUUUUUCGUUUGCCAUAGAGUUAGGCGUGUGCAAAACCUUGUGAUUUCAUAUAGGUUGCGUUAAUAGCGGUUUGCCAUUGGAAAGAUAUGCAGCUCGAGAAUUGCAUUUUGCCAGCUAGUGUGCUCUCCAGGAAAUGUCUGAAUGUGGGCAGUGUCUACCCAAGCUCCGAUGGAUCUGAGCUCUCCUGUCUGGACCAUCCUAUUAUUUCUGCAAGUGACAACCUGGAGAGAAGUUCACCUCUGAAAAAAAAAUCAAGAGGGAUGACGAAUCAGUCAGAGGCAGACAAUUUCCCCGACUCCAAGGACGCAUCAGGGGACGUCCAGAGAGGCAAGCUCUCUCCUGAUCUACACGGAGUCUCUGAAAUUCGUCAUAAUUUCGAUGGAUCUUCAGGAGAAAGGUAUAUUUUUUCUCAAUCUAGCCAACCACAGUCAGUCUCCGCAACUUCAGGUGCUAUGUUCCCAUACCCAAGUCAACAUGGACCAGCGCACCCGGCUUUUUCUAUUGGGAGUCCUAGUCGUUAUAUGGCCCACCAUCCAGUCAUUACUAAUGGAGCGUACAACAGUCUUCUGACCAACAGCUCUCCGCAAGGCUAUCCAACCGCGGGGUACCCAUACACGCAACAGUAUGGACACACUUAUCAAGGAGCCGCAUUCUACCAAUUUUCCUCGGCGCAAACCGGUCUGGUGCCUGGUAAAGCGCAGGUGUAUUUGUGCAACAGGGCCUUGUGGCUGAAGUUUCACAGACAUCAAACCGAGAUGAUAAUAACCAAACAAGGAAGACGAAUGUUUCCCUUUUUGAGUUUCAACAUUUCUGGUCUCGAUCCGACGGCGCACUACAACAUAUUUGUGGAUGUUAUUCUUGCUGAUCCAAAUCACUGGCGAUUCCAGGGUGGCAAAUGGGUACCAUGUGGCAAAGCCGACACAAAUGUGACAGGAAACAGAGUGUACAUGCACCCUGACUCACCAAACACAGGUGCGCACUGGAUGCGCCAAGAAAUAUCAUUUGGAAAGUUAAAAUUAACCAACAAUAAAGGAGGUUCAAACAACACCGGACAAAUGGUUGUCCUACAGUCCCUUCACAAAUACCAACCUAGGCUCCAUGUGGUGGAAGUCAACGAAGAUGGAACUGAAGACUCUAGCCAACCUGGAAGAGUUCAGACUUUCACCUUUCCAGAAACACAGUUUAUUGCGGUCACAGCCUACCAGAAUACCGAUAUUACGCAGCUCAAAAUUGACCACAAUCCUUUUGCUAAAGGAUUUCGAGACAACUAUGACACUGUCUAUACAGGUUGUGACAUUGACCGGUUAACGCCAUCACCGGGUGACUCGCCUCGCUCUCAGAUCGUGCCUGGUGCGAGAUACGCCAUGGCUGGUUCUUUUCUACAGGACCAAUUUGUCAGCAGUUAUGCCAAAUCUCGCUUUCACCCUGGCGUAGGGACCGGUCCUGGCACGGACCGCAGCGUCCCACUUAGUAACAGCUUGCUAUCCCAGCAACAAACCGAAGAGCCGACAGUUGCAUCCCCGCAGCGAUGGUUUGUCACCCCUGCCAACAACCGACUGGACUUUGCAGCCUCGGCAUACGACGCGGCCGCAGCUGCUGAUUUUGCCGGUAACGCGGCCACCCUCCUGUCCUACGCAGCGGCUGGAGUAAAGGCACUUCCUCUUCCUACCGCAGGUUGCUCAAACAGGCCUCUAGGUUACUAUGCCGACCCAUCCGGCUGGGGCACACGCACACCACCCCAGUACUGCAGUAAGUCUAGCUCUGUUCUCUCUUGCUGGCCUACAAAUUCGGUUGGUGGCAGAACAGGCACCUCCAACUACCUGGUUGAUGACGCGGAAGCGAUUCCAACGGAGAGGUCACCCAUCGGUGGGUCGGAUGAGGCAAAACCAAAAGAUUUAUCCGAACCCAACUGGAUAGAGACGCCGUCUUCGAUAAAGUCUAUUGACUCAAGUGAUUCUGGGAUCUUUGAGCAAGCCAAACGGAGAAGAAUUUCACCGACUGCCACACCAGUAACGGAAACAGUGUCCCAGUUGAAAUCUGAGAUGUUGGCUCCAAGAGAGUGUGAGAAAAAUUGCGCAAAGGACAUUGGUUACUAUAGUUUCUAUCCGCACAGUUAGACAAACACAACACAAUGCACCAAUCACGUGUUCUUUUUCGAUUAUAAUAUAUUUGCCCAAUUCCCAGCAUUAAAAAAGGAUUUGAGAAUGUGGGCUUAACAGCAAGCAGGGGUGAAUUUAGGCCCUAUAGGCCUACUAGCCAAAUGUAACCGAAAUUCUUCCAUUUAACAUUAUUAGUUUGCUAUCUGAGAAAGCUAUUUAUUUAAUGACAACAAUUUUAAUCAACCUCUAUUGUCUAUUGUAAUUAUGAAAAUAAUGUAUAUACUAUUUAACCAUUUAGUGUUAUUGUGAAAUUAAUUUAAACUAUUCGAUUUUUGAUAUUUCCAUGAAUAGAAAUAGGCUACUCGUUGGUUGUGAUUAAAAACCCAUGUUGUAGGACUAUGCUAUAGUCUAGUGAUGUUAAACAAUUUCUUCGAUAAGAUCAACUAUUGAGAGUCUGAUGGCUAUAUCGUUCUGUAUAAUACUGUUAGCGGCAAGAUCAGGGUCUCGUUUGACAGUUUCGAUGUAACUUAAACGUUACGGUUAUUGUAGAUGCGUUUUUGUUGAAUUCUACUUCCGUGCACCCGCUCCUAGAGAUGUUGCCAUGGCUGUACAUAAGCUAUUGAGGCAUCAUAUCACAGAUACAUCGUUAACUCACAAAUUACAGGCAGUAGCAGAGUUGCAAAAUAUAAUCAUGAUUGAACAUCAUGUUGCCUAAUCGUCGUUUUGCAGUCUAUGAUCGAUGAUUUAUUGCUUUAAAUAUGAUUGAACAUAAGCCCAUGAUGCCCAUUUGCCUUUGAAUGCAAACAAUUUUUUUUUCAUCGUUAGCUUGUUUGUAACAACUGCAAAAGGUUUUGCAACUUUUGUCUUUUUUAUUAUCGACAGUCAGAUAGGCUUUUCUUCUUGCUGCUAAAGAUCUUGACGCUGCGAAGUCUCUGACCAACGAGCCCCUGAUCUGUAGACAUGUCAUUAUUUCUGUACCCUAGUAUUCUAUGGCCAUCGUUUUCAAUCAGUGUCAGUACAAAAUAUAACAAUGUUAGACAUUAAGGGCGCAGCCAUUUUCUGACACGAAAAAAGACGGACCUAAUAGGUGUGGUUAUAAGCGUUAUACAUGAUUAUUUAGUGUACAUUUUAGUACCUUAUUAAUGAGAUAAAAAUGUUUUAAUUCUUAAUUCUUUCUCGGACCUUCCAUAUCUUUUGUAAUAGGUUGUGCGUUUUGUGGACAGCUUCUGUAUCUGCUGUAAUGUGCUUCAUUGCAAUAAAAAUGAUAUACAAACGAACGAAGAAAGGAUGAAUAUUACGGUACAUUACAAGUUCAUAUUGGUAGUCACCAUGCAGUAUGCUCGUGCAGAUAUAAGUGGAGGUGCGCAAUUAACCCACAUUUUAUAAUUGACACGACUCACCCUUUUUUGUACAACAUAGCACAUAUAUAAUUUAACGUUAAUUGGCUAAAAUGUA